GACACUUCUCUGCUAAGGAUCUUCUUUUGGAAAUCUUCUUCCGACAAUCUACUAGAAGUCUUUCGGAUCAAGAGUAAAGACUUCCCUGUGCUCAGCGCGUUGUGCUUCACGCACCUGGUGGCGUGGCGUGCCACGGCAUCUUCAUCCUCACAGGUCCCAGACCAGUAUGCAGGUAGAGUGAUCAGGAUGGAAGACUCUAGUUUGUGCCUUGGUGUGUCCUCAGCGGUCCCAGAUACCGACAUCCAUAUCAGCAGCGCUGUGCUUAAUGGCCGCUAUCCGAUCAGUCAGAAACUGCAUCAGCUGACUGCCCAGCUCGGCCAUGCCUUCCCUGACCUACAGAGCCGCCAACCCAUCCCAGAGGAAAAGGCUGCCACGCCGCUGGACGAAAAAACACACGCCUCUCUCGCGAGUCAGCCAAUAAGCAGCCAGAUGGCUCUGCUAGCCAACCAACUCAACCGUAACAUGGACGCGAGCGCCCUGAGCGGUCUCAACGGUCGCGUGGACCUGCAGCAGUUCCUCAACGGGCAAAACUUGGGAAUCAUGUCCCAGAUGAACGACAUAGAAGACGACGCCCGCAAGAACCGCAAGUACCCCUGCCCGCUGUGUGGGAAACGAUUCCGAUUCAACAGUAUCCUCUCCCUGCACAUGCGCACCCACACUGGAGAGAAGCCCUUCAAAUGCCCCUAUUGCGAUCACAGGGCGGCCCAGAAGGGCAACCUCAAGAUUCACCUCCGCACGCACAAGCUGGGAAAUCUCGGCAAGGGUCGCGGGCGCGUACGCGAAGAGAACAGACUCCUUCACGAGCUGGAAGAGCGAGCCAUCCUGCGCGAUAAGCAGAUGAGGAGCAGCUUACUGCAGCCCUCACAGUCCAUCACACCACAACUCGGUCUGCAGAGCCCAAACCAACAACAGCCCAGCUCUGCGUGCGGUCUCCUGACCCCCACGACUCUCGGAGGCACCCCCGACGGACCCGCGCAGCCGUCUUCCUCGCCCAAGCCAGCCGGCACCACCCAACAAGACGAACAGGCGCUCAACCCGGCCCAGGGGUUCCGUUGCACCUUCUGCAAGGGCAAAUUCAAGAAGCGCGAGGAGCUGGAGCGCCACAUUCGCAUCCUUCACAAACCCUACAAGUGCACCCUGUGCGAAUUUGCCUCCUCCCAGGAAGAGGAUCUGAUCAGCCACGUCGAAAAGGCCCACAUCACCGCGGAGUCCGGACAAGGCCAGGGCACGGGAACCGGCACCGGAGAAAAACCCGCCAACGAGUUCCGAUGCGAGGUGUGCGGCCAGGUCUUCAGCCAGGCUUGGUUCUUGAAGGGUCACAUGCGCAAGCACAAGGACUCGUUCGAACACUGCUGCCAGAUUUGCGGACGCCGCUUCAAGGAGCCGUGGUUCCUCAAGAACCACAUGAAGGUGCAUCUCAACAAGCUAGCCAUCAAAAGCAAGCCGACUAUCGGAGGUGGCGCCGACCAGGACAGACCCUCCAUGAACAGCAUAAGCAGCUUAGCCCAAGAGGCUCAUGCCAACCUGUAUUCACGGUACAUCUCCUGCCUGCAAGGUGGUUUCCUCAAUCCCGAAAAGCAAACCCUGGCAGAACAACACCAGAUGCUGGCCAAGGCUGGCAUAGCCAUGAAGGAAAAAGAGAUGCUCGGAAAGCUCUUGGGACCAGUGGCUGGCAUGAGCCAUGCCCUGGGAGAGAAUGAGAAGCGUUCGCUCUUGGGUUGCCUCAACCUGGUGCCUCCUCUUAAGUCUAGCUGCAUGGAGCGCUUACAAGCGGCGGCCAAGGUGGCGGAAAUGGACCCGCUUAAUAGCUACCAGGCCUGGCAGAUCAUGGCACGCAGCAUGGCUGUCGAGCGCUCCUUCAUGCCGAAAGAGCAGUACCACGGUGCCCACGGGCAGGAAGAAGAAAUGGCCAACGCUGCCGGGAUGGCGCAUUUCGGGAAAGACAAGCAAGAGCACUCUCUCGAUUCGAACGACGGGUUCAAGCAGAAAAACCACUCCGACGCCCUGCACAGGAUAAGACCCGGCGGAGGCAUAAUGCCCAUCAAGGAGGAAACCGGAGGCUUCGAUGUGAGUCACCGUGAGUUCCUGCCUCACCAUGGAGGUCUGGGUCUCGGUCAAGGGCUCGAAUACAGCCUGGCCAGCAUUAAAGACAAGCCCAGUGAGUGCCCCGAUUGUGGUAGGGUGUUCAGAACCUACCAUCAGAUGGUGGUUCACUCCAGGGUUCAUAACAAAGACCGUCGUCCAGAGGAAGGCCUCCAGCACGUCCUCGACGAGAGGCGCGGUUCAGCCAGUGACCCCGAGUCUCAGUCCAUCAGCCGCUCGACCACCCCGGGUUCGUCCAACGUGACCGAAGAGAGCGGAGCCGGAGGAGGACACUCCCAGUCCGGGAGUGUCCAGGAUGACAGCCCUCAUCCUUCUUCUCCAUCUUCAGACGUUGGGGACGAGAUGGCGAAAACACCGAGUGUCGCCCCACCUCCCUCCACCCAGCAUCGGGAGAGGAGUGUAGGAUCGGCCAUGAAGGACUGUCCCUACUGUGGCAAGUCCUUCCGCACCUCCCACCACCUGAAAGUCCAUCUGAGAAUACACACAGGUGAGAAGCCCUACAGAUGCCCACACUGCGACUAUGCCGGUACCCAAUCGGCCUCCCUCAAAUACCAUCUCGAGCGCCACCACCGUGAGCGUCAGAACGGCAAUGCCCCCUCAGCGAACCACCCCCUAUCGACCGAUCACAAAGACGAUCACAGCAAGACCAACACCGGCAGUGCCGUCUUCGCCCGGCCCGACGUCCUGCGUGGCGUCUUCAAAGGCAUGAUGCCCGCCAGCCUUGACUUCAGAGGAGGCCAGAUGCUCACACAAUGGGCCACCCCUGCAAUGCUCUCCCCAAGAGAAAGAGAACGUGAGAGGGAGCGAGAGCGAGAGCGCCACGGGAUAGGGGCAGAAUCCAGCUCUGAGAGCAUUAAGAGCCCUGAAGGACCAGCCACUGGAGGGGAGAGUCCAGCCAGUUUUUCUGACCUGGGAAGGGCCUACCAGAGCAUGAUGGGAAAUGGAGUCAACUUCCAAGGCUCCCUCCAGGCCUUUAUGGAUAGCUUUGUGCCAAGUUCUAUUAAAAAUGAGAAGGAAAUGCAUGGUCAGCACUUUAGCCUGGAGGGUGCAGAGCACAAGAUCAAGAGGGCCAUCGAAGGAAACAACGAAGAGAAUUCCCCUGACGCUAAACCGACAGAAGGAGGCCGAUCCCAGUAUGAGCCUCUUGAUCUGUCAGUUAGGCCUGAUGCGGCAACCCUUCCUGGGACAUCUGUCACCAUUCAGGACAACAUAGCCUGGCAUGCAUGCCUGUUCUGCUCUUUCACCACGGCAUCCGUGGAGUUGAUGGCUCUUCAUCUGCAAGCCAACCACAUGGGUAAAGCCAAGCAGGGUCAAGGGAAAGACAUUAAAGAUCACCUCAUGGGGGAGCCUUUCCACACAAGCAAUGCCUCUGGUUUAGCAAACACCUCAGGCCUGUUCCACCUGCCUGAAGGCCCCUCCUCCAAGGAGCGAGAGUUCGAAUCUGGAGAUUUGAAAAACCAACCCAGUUGGCUCAACCACAUGGAGCCGAACCCACGUGGAGUCUCUAUGCCGGCGUUUUCCAGUGACUUCUACAAACCCUUCAGCCCUAUGUAUGAUGGCUCCUCCAGGGGUCCUGCUGGAUUUAUGGACCAGCAAGAUAACCAGUCUGGUCAAGUAAGCGGUCAGGAUGAGCUUUCCGACAAGGCCUCCUUCGCUGAAAUGGAGGCAUCUGACGAGCGAACAAACCAGUCUGAAGAUGACGAAGCAGGUCAAGAGGAGCAGUCUUCCAACCCUGCUUCCACAGAGCCGCAGAUGCACUCUGACGAUGAAGAUCAGGUAGCAGAUGACGAUGAAGAUAUGGAAGUAAGAGACAUGGACGACGAAGACCUCGUGUCCGUUCAAAGGCACCCCGACUCCCCCUUGUCUAGAAAGGAUCUUCAAAGAGCAAAGAUGUCUAUGGGGAGCCAAAGGCUUGGUCCAUCUCCUCCUCAUCCACCGAUCCUAGAGAAGCAGUGGCAGCAGCAAGGUCUCAUGUCCCCAGUCGGUGGCCCUCCAGGGCUGGAGCACCAGAUGAACAUGUUCUCGGUCCUACGCGCGUACAGCUCCGAAAGCUUAGCCGCCUUCAACGGGGGUUUGCCCAGUGGCUCCAACGGAGGUGGUGGAACCAACUCCAGCAUGAAGAGAACUGAUCCCACUGUUCAUCUGUGGGCGGAAGGAGAAGCUUCCCGAAGGCUAACAGACUCCGAGAUGCAGAACGCCCCGCUUAUCAGAGACUGACUCGCGUCGGCCAGGAUCGGCUGCAAGAAGCAGGAGGAGAAGGAGGUGAAGGAUGGCGACGAUAAGAAGACGCGAUCGCGACAGCGGUCGGGAUGGAUCGGAACACA